AGGAGUUGGCGGAGGGAGUCCGUGCAGUCCGGAGAGCAAAACCGCUGCUAAAGGAAAAUGUCUUCAGUGCCUGAUGGGAAGAAGCUAGUCCGGAGCCCCAGCGGGCUUCGCAUGGUGCCGGAAAACGGCGCAUUCAACAGCCCUUUCUCGCUGGACGAGCCGCAGUGGGUUCCGGAUAAAGAGUGCCCGAGAUGUAUGCAGUGUGACACCAAGUUCGACUUCAUCAGAAGAAAGCAUCACUGUCGGCGGUGCGGCCGGUGUUUCUGUGAUAAAUGCUGCAGUAAGAAGGUGGUGCUUCCCCGCAUGUGCUUCGUUGAUCCGGUACGGCAGUGUGCAGAGUGCAGCCUGGUCUCCCAGAAAGAGAUGGAGUUCUACGACAAACAGCUCAAAGUGCUUCUGGGAGGUGGUACCUUCGUCGUCACUCUGGGAACGUCAGAGAAGUCUGAAACCAUGACGUGUCGUCUCUCUAACAACCACAGGUAUCUGUUCUUCGACGGUGAGAGCCACUUUGAGGUGGAGUUAUCUCGAAUCUCCAGCAUGCAGAUCCUGACAGACGGGACGAGUCCAGGAGAGAACGACAUUCACACUUACACCAGUCUGCUGGACAGUCAGUGUAUCUCUGAAGGAGGGACGUCCCGGGCCAGCGGCAUGCUGCUCCACUACAAACCAAUGGGCUCCCAGGAUGCUCAGCAGCUUCGUGUGGAGGCAGCAGAGGACAAGAAGGUGGCCUCAUUAUGGUUGGCUGCAAUGCACAAGGCAGCUAAACUCCUGUACGAAGCUCGAGACCAGUGACGUGCAGACAGCCUGCAAAAGAAAACCUCCAGGCAGCACACACCCAAGUGUUUUGUCCUCCGUCUUGCGGGGGCUCGGUAUCAUUUUGAUUUUAUUUACGCCAGUUCUGGUUCUGCUUUUCUGUCUGAUCUCUCGGUUCUGGAUAACAUUUUUUUAUCACCGUCAUCUCUGCAAGAAAUGUUUGUACAAAUACACUUUAUUACCUCUUUAACCAGUACUUUGUACAUGUUUACUAUGAUUAUGCUGAUUAUCUAGUUUUACAUAGGUUAAUUCUCUCUGAUUUAACUCCUAAAACAGAGCAGAUAGCAUUAAUAUCUCUGCAUAAAAUGGAGCCAGCUGAGUGGAAAAACGGCAGUAAAAGCUUCUAAUGCUGAGGAGCUUUUAUUUGAUUUCCUUUUACUUUUUCUUUAUACGAGAUUUUUACUUUAUAAAUACCAUUUAUUUUCAUUUUAUUUACAAUAAGAAGUACAGGAUUUUUAAAAUUCUGCUGGCUUUCCUUCCAGAAGUUUGAUGCUUGAUGGUUAAACCGGUUUGAACACAGAUCUUCCAGAUAAGCUUGUCUCAUGCAGAUUAAAGGACAAAUCCACCUGUUAACCCUUUAAAAGCAGAUAGAAAGCAGCUGUGGGGGAUGUGCUUUGCAUUUCAGGACCUAUUUUGUGAGAUAUUUUUUUAAUCCAAUAAGUUAUUUUACUAAAACUUUGUGUGUACUGGACAUGUCUUUGUCAUGUUUCCCAUACUAGGCUUUUUAAUUUGACACAUUUAAGUAUUAUUUUAGUUGUUUUUUUAUGUUUUCUAAAACUUUACAAUCAUAUUUAAUACGUGUUUGCAGUUUGAUGUGUUAAGAAGUGCACCAUUAAUCAAAUUUGGCAUUUAAGAUGCCUUAUAAUACAAUUUUACAUCUAAAAAGUCAUCUGCAUCCUAUAUACGGUUGCAUCCUAUACCAGUAUAGAAGGCUGAAACAUGCACCAGCAAGACCACACGUUCAGCCUCCAUUAUCACCUGAUUCUCUUUGCCUAAGGAGAUUGUUUUGCAUGCUGCAGCUCUCUGUGCAAAAUGUGCUGUUAAAUGUUGCAUUGUUGACCAGCCUGGUAGUGCCACAUUUUAGCAGCUUUUCUCCCUUGCUUGGUGCAUUUCAAGAAAACAGAGUGUAUCCUUGAUUUAAGACAACAGGCGACCAGCAGAGGUGGGCAGCAUGAAGCUCUGCAUAUUGGUCACUUGCUGUGAGUCUGUGCUAACCAAUUACUUACGCUUUGAGCUGAGAGCUCAACUGUCGUACUAGUAACUACUAGGACUGCCAAGUCAUUAUGCUAAAAGAGCUACAUUGCUACACAGAAGCUGUACGUCAUCAUCUCUUGAGGUUUAUGGCCCAUGGUUGACUUUAUAAUCCAUGUAAAGGACAAUUUGCUUUGCAGACAGCAGUAAAACACACAUGCAUCAGACCACUACUUUGGUGCAACUUCUAGUUUCCACUAAUGUUUGAUUAUCAUCCGUUCAUAUGUAAGUUUCCUUUAGUAAUAAAGCUCUAUAAAACAAUGGUAACUGUUCUGUUAAAUCAGUAAAGCCCUAAGUAGAUAGAGCCAGAUGUUGUCAUCAGGGACUGGUGCAGACCAAAACAGAGCAAAAAAGAUAAUAAAGAACAUUAAUUAAUCUAGUAGCAACAAUAUGACUACAAAUGAACAAUGUUGUUGAUCAGCAUCUUCUGCAUUCAUUAAAUUUAACAAGUGAUUUCCAAUAAGUUAAAUUAAAGUGAGCUAACCUGUUUCUUCUGCCACCAACUGGCCCAAAAAAUCUGUUUUUUGAAGAUAGAAUUUUAAAGUCACCUACCAAUAAAUAUAGGCAUUUAUUACACACCAUAAGCAGACCUUUGUAUGUUGUCAAAACUUGUUGAUAACACCAUAGUGUCAAGUGUUAAAGUUGGGUGCUUGAAUUCAAUAUCUAGGACUGUUUUUCAUGUUUUACUUUCAGUUUUUAGGGCUUAAAUGAUCAGAUAAGAAGCACAGAGGGCAUUCAGUCACUCACAGGAGCAUUGGCAGCUAAGCAGGAGUGAAAGGCAUCUUGGGAAUCUAGGAAGCUCUUACCAAAGCAGUAAGAGGAAGCCAGACGAGUACAUUCCCAUGUGUGGAAAACUCCUGAAAUGCAAAGAACAUCACAGAUUUAUCUCCAAUCUAAACAAACAUUUGGGGUUUUUGUCCUUGCAGAGAAUUGCUGCAGAAUCUCCUGGUAAAUGCAAAGAAAUUUCAGCUUUUGUUUCUUUUCUGUAAAUUAUGUUAAAACCUCUGCUCUCUUCUACAAGUACUUACAGAUUCAUUUCUUUAGACCUCGCUGUCUAAAGAAACUUCAGACUAUUCACUGAUCCAAGUGAAGCAUAAACACACAAACACAUACAAAAUGCUUUAAAUGUAAUUUGAUGUAUUGAAGUUUUUGUAUAAGCUAUUUUGUUAACUAUUCCUACUUUAACACAAGGUGUGUACGUACUCACAUAUGAUGAUAAUUUUUGUAAUAUUUGUAAACUGUAAUUCCUUUUCUGGACUGUCUGGUUUUUCCUUUUUAAAUCUGUUAUUUUCAUAAUCCAAAGCCAGGAUGUGAGAUUUUUCAUCCUUCAUCUGCCAGAUUCUCCUCACUUCUGGCUGAGUUUGAGGAUUUAUCACUUCAGGAGGUGUUAGUCGGGCUUCCAAGGACCUACUUUUUAACAGAGACUAAAUUUAGAUGAAAACUUUUUACUUUUGAGGUAAAAAGAUUUGACAUUUGUUAUGUUGAAAAAGCUUCUGAAAGUUGGCCCCAGCAUUUAACCUCGUGUAUUAUAAUUACAUUUGACCCACAGAGCUGUACAGCAGAUUUUCUGCUAAUUCAACCAUGGAGAAGAAGGUUCUUAUGAUUUAUUACUGUUAUUGCAUUUGAAGUUUAUUCCAUCUAUGAAAGCGCUGAGCUUUCUUGCAUCCAUACAUUUACUUCAUUCCAUUUUCCUGUUAUGAUAGGACAGUUUUGGUUGAUUUCUGGAAAUCUUGACUCAGUAACUGCUGAUCAUAAAGUCUGUUUAUGUGUCAUAUUUUAUCCUAAGAUGCCAAAGACCAUUCGGCAAAAGAGCUGCUGAUGAAAAUUUGUCUUCUUAGAGAUUAUUCUUUAAGGCAUUUUCCUUAAUUCUGACAGGGCAGCUGAAGACAGACAGGAAAUGCAGGGAAAUGAAGCACCAGGAUCAGAAAUCAAUCCGUACAAUCCGAUACAAUCAGUGUAUCAAGAGCUCUAGUCUCUCCAUGGGCGCCUCAUCUACCAGCUGAGCUGAACUAGUGCCCAGGAAUAAGUCUUAUGGCUGACUUGGAUACGUUUACAUUCAUCUGAAUAUUGAUUAUUGUACCCAGUCCCGUUUUGAAUACAUAAAACAAUGAAUUUAUCGUGUUAUCUUGAGCCAACAGUGCUUUUGUCCUGUGAUAAUGAGCUGAUUAACUUGUUACCACAAGAAAACAGGCAUUGUUAUUCUGAUAUAACAAGAUAAAAUGUGAUAAAUUGGUAGAUUACACCAGUUAUACUCACCCUUUUGCUCAUCUAAAGUAGGAUGCUUAUGUGUUUGCAGAUGAAAGUGAUUCCUUGUUCUUUUUUCAGUAUAAUGGUAUCACUCAAUUUAUAAAAUUAGUCAAGAUCUCGAGAAAACGACGAAAAUGUUACUUGGUAAUGCAGGAAAACAGUAGAAUUAAAUGUAUGGAUAUUCUGUUGCAAAUAGCUUGUUAUUGAACUUUUCCAGUACUCAGAAACUCAUCUGACCAUAAAGAUUUAGUAAAUCUGUCCGCCGAACACUAACACAGGUUUUUCACCAGUUUAACAAGUUCCAACUUGUUCCAUCUGGCCAAAUUUAUCCAGUCAUUCUGCCCACCUGUAAAAUUCACUCAUAGAGAUGCUACUCUCUAUGUUGAAUAAAUGGAAAAGUUUCUGCUUGACUUGAUAAACCCGGUUUGUUCUGCAGCAUGUGAAAAGUUUUUCUCUCCUCAUGGUCCAGUGAAAAAUAUAAUUAAACCACUCUGUGGGUUUCUCAAAGUUAACUGUUAUUUAUUAUACUUUUCACAACAACAAAAGUGAACAGGUAAAUGUAAUGGUAAUACUUGAAAGGCACAAACUGGGCCUGUGUGAAAGUCAGAUUUCAGCUUUUCACAUGGAAGCUAAAUGGAUCUUUUAGCCAACAUUUAUUCACUCCUAGCCUUUAAGUUUAAUCUAAUGUUUGUGCUUUUAAAGAUUUACUCCCUGCUGGUGUUUAGUGCCCCAAACCCCUAACAGUCUCUCCCUGCUUCUCUUCAAACUGUUUCAGUUGAAAGAAAGAAAUUGAAGGAACUUCUAGACACUGUUAGGUAAAUAGGUGAAUCUACAGCACAUUGUUUUUAUUUCCUGUAGUGUGAAUUUAAACUUAGGCUUUUGAGAAAUGUUGAGAUAGAAAAAUCUUCACAAAGAGUCAUUUAAUACAUUUUUAAGGCUUUUGAACACAUCCGUUUUUGUUGGCUCUUCUAAUUAUCAUGACUGUGGUUGUCACAUGUUUUAAAAUAAUACAGUUUAAUAUAGAUUGGAUUGAAGAGCUGAAACUUUACAAACACAUCUAUUUAAUAAGAUAGAUGCUUGGGAGAGGAAUUAAUUUAUCAAAAAGUACAAGUGGAUUCAUGGUCACUGCCUAAAUUGCAAAAACACAGUGGCAGCAAUUCAGAUUAGUGUGAUUUAGAAAGUGUGCAAUAGUUAGCUUGUAAUUUUUGAAAACAAGAAUUUCACUAAUGUGCACUUAUGGCUUCUAUUUUUGUUUCUGUGGUUUUGAAAAAGGUUGCAAUUGUUGAUUUUGACAUUUCAUAUAAAAGUUUCAUAGUCUGGAGUCAUGGCAAACUCAAUCAUGAUGACAGAUUAAAGUCUUAAAGCUGUAUACACAUGAUGAAGGCCCCUGAAAAACUUUUUUAACAAAAAUGGACGUGGAAAUGCCAAGACUUGUUUUUGGAACGCUUCACAUACAUGAUCUUAAAGCUCCUGUGAGGAACCAAUUUAAGUUUGACUUUGGCGCCCCCUGUGGACAAAACAGUACCUGUUUUGUUUUUGGUCAUUACAGCAAACAAUAUCCUGUACUUUAUUUUAAAAGUCCAAAAUAUUUAAAAUCCUCGCUGGGAAAAAUGUCAACAAAGGCUUUUGUUUAUUAUCUGUCAUCAUUCAUCAGACACCUACCCCGCAGCCGUGAAUUUACAUAUUUUAAAUAUCUACGUAGAAAUAGUUUAUCUUCAUGCUAAUGAAGUCCUCUGCUUUUCUAGAUCAUAGAGAGUCUUCAAUGUUAAUUUCAGUCUGUUUCAUAACGAGCGAAAAUUUCCUCACCGGAGCUUUAAAUCUUUCAAAACAUGUUAUUAAAAUCCCACUUUAAAUUCAGUCCCUUAAACUACAUACACUACGUGCUAUAAUAACCAAGUAUUCUUAGUUUUAAACCACAUUUGCCUUUGUGUGUCUUCCCUGUUUUCUAAACAUAAAGAUAGUACUUAAAGUGAUUAAUGGAGCACAGACAAGAUAGGCUGACUGUUGGAUAUUUUUGCCUUUUCCCUUUUUUGUCUUCACUUAAACCUCCUCUUCCUCCACUUCUGUGACAUAAAGUUUAUUUUUAUAUGCUGCUCACCUAAGAUCCCACAAUGUGUUUGGUUGUUGUUUUUCCAGAAGAGACACAGUGUUUAAAGAUGGUGGAGUUUAGUAUAAAAAAGCGUCAGUGUGGUCGUUUUCAGUGUUGUGUAAGAGGCAUAACUGUAGGUUGUCCUCUUUUCUUUCUGACACCAACAUCUCUGUUCUUCCAUGUGUUUGGUUGUGUUGUUAAGUCAGCACUAUUUGUGACGCCACACUCAGCCAGUGUUUGAACCUGCACUUUAUCCCCACUCUGAUUCAAAGUCCUUUUUAUUCCCCCCGCUUCAUUUAUUACGCUGAACAUGCUGUACUACACCCUUUGUUGGAUUAUUCUGUUGAGAAUAAAAUCAAGUGUUUAUACA